CGCGACGGCGAUGAAGAAGCAUCAGUAAAAGCGCGCAGAAAAUAUACGUUUAAAUAUAUGUUCCGCUCAAAUAACAAUAUUUUUUAUUGUUAUUAAUAUUUCCUCAGUAAUACGGAAUAUUUCUCGCGACAAUUUUUUCUUUCGUGAAGUUCUAAACGAUUUUGUUGGAAGAAUAGAAAACCAAAACAACGGAAAUAGUUAAUAACAAAUGCCAUUUUAAUGAGGAAACAGUAGCAGCUGGCAACCUGCAGCAAUAUCAACAACAACAACACCGGAUUGUGCAACCUGCAACUUGCAACACAGGCGUCAAAACGGCGUUUCUACCGCAGCGUCGCCUCUUCGGCGGCGGCAAUGUGCCCCCCUCGGCGUCCAUGAAGCACCAGCCGCCGCCCCCGCCACUCCCCCUCAGUCAACCGCCCUCCAUGGGCGGUGCAGCGGCGGGGGGCGUGGCCAGCGUUAUAACCAGCAUGAACGGCAGCAGCAACAACAACAACAACAGCAGCAGCGUCAGUGGCAUUGAGGCGGUUAAAUGCCGACCACCCAUUUACCCCAAACCUAAAACGCCAUCGUUCGACAAGGAUCGGGACUACAUAGGCUUUGCCACGCUUCCAGAGCAAGUGCACCGGAAGUCGGUGAAGCGGGGCUUCGAGUUCACCCUCAUGGUGGUCGGCGAGUCCGGACUGGGCAAGUCCACCCUGAUCAACAGCCUCUUCCUGGGCGAUCUCUACAAGAACCGGCAGAUGCCCAAUGUGGAGGAGCGCAUCGAGAAGACGACAAAGGUGGAGAAGAAGACAAUGGACAUCGAGGAGCGGGGCGUCCGACUCCGACUGACGGUGGUGGACACCCCGGGAUUCGGGGAUGCCAUCAACUGCGAGGACAGCUGGCGCGUCUGCACCCAGUACAUCGACGAGCAGUUCCGCCAGUACUUCACCGACGAGAGCGGCCUGAACCGCCGCAACAUCCAGGACAAUCGGGUGCACUGCUGCCUCUACUUCGUCCCGCCAUGGGGCCACAGCCUGCGACAGAUGGACCUCGACUUGAUCCGGCGGCUGCAUCGCAAGGUGAACAUCGUGCUGGUGAUCGGCAAGGCCGACUGCCUGAACAAGCAGGAGGUGCGCAAGCUGAAGGAGCGCAUCCUGCAGGACCUGGAGGACAACCACAUCCAGCUGUAUCAGUUCCCCGAGUGCGACUCCGACGAGGACGACGACUUCAAGCAGCAGGACCGCGAUCUAAAGGCCUCCAUUCCGUUCGCCGUCGUCGGCAGCAACACCAUUCUGGAGGUGGCCGGCAAGAAGGUCCGGGGGCGUCAGUAUCCAUGGGGCGUGGUCAAUGUGGAGGACCCGGAGCACAGCGACUUCAUCAAGCUGCGCACCUUCUUGAUAUCCACGCACAUGCAGGACCUCAAGGACACCACACAGGACGUGCACUACGAGAACUUCCGGGCGCAGUGCAUCUCGCAGAUUUCGCAGCACGCGCUGCGUGAGCGCGGCAAGUUGAAGCGGGACUCGAUCAGCUCGACCAACGGAUUCGACGCGGCCAUUUCGGAGACGGACAGGCUGCUCCUGCAGAAGGACGAGGAGAUACGGAGGAUGCAGGACAUGCUCACCCAGAUGCAGGAGAAGCUCAAGCAGACCCAUCUUAUGGAGAUGAAGAAGAAUGACAGCGUGAUCGAUGUCUAGGGAAUGGAAAUGGGAACGUGUUCAAUUUUGCACCGCCAUAUAUGCAUCUACCUACUAUAUAGGACAUAUAUGGUGACCCAGAGAAAUCCUGGAGCAGCUGCAACCAAAUCGACUUUGUUUAUAAGCUAGCACAGACUUUUUAAAGACAAAAACACCCAAUUAAAUCCAAAAAGAAUUGAUUAAGACAACGACUCCCCAAAAGCACAAAGAAUCCGACGAACCAAAAACUUCAGACAUCACAGCCUUUUUCAAUUUUGUAGCUAAAGUUACGAUUUCGUUAAGGACUAACGAUUUAAUGGAACACGUCUAUAUUGAGACAUUAGAUAUUGAUCAAUACGAUUACGAUAUGAUACCAAAGUUUAGGGAGUUUCAAAAACUUAACGCAAGUAAAUUGUUAAUGGAAAAGAUCAAGAAACCACAGAGGCACAUAGAAGUACCGUUAACGAUACACAGAGAGACAUAAACAGAUCCCGAAAAUGUUUUAAUUUAUUGUACGAGAAUAAUUUUUUUACAUUUCAUUUCCUUUUGUUUUGGUUCUAAAGAGCAAAACUUGAGAAAGAUCAAGUUAUAAGCAAGUUUGCUUUAAUUAUGUGUAAAGAACUUAUACCAUUUAUAUUGUAAGAAUAUAUCAGAUCGGAUGAUAUAGGACAAACCGCUGGAGGUUUUGGCACUGAAUUACCAUGAAUCGACUUUCAGCAAGUUCCAAUUAUUUAUGCUAAUUACGUAUUAUCAGAUAUAUGUAUCUAUGAACAAAACCUAUUUUGUUGAAACGAAUUGUUAAUGAAUUUAUUUUAAAUUAAUCGAUUAAGCCUUCACGCAACAACCAUAAUAUUUAAAUGAAAUU